AUGGCCGAACCACCGCCUAGCACCGACGGUGAGCCUUCCGACCAGCAGCAUGGCCGCAUCGAAAAACAUGUCGUGUCUCCCAUACAGGAGGAGCCUGGCACUCCUUCAGGUACUGCUAACAAAGGCGCCGACAUCCUUUCGCCGUCGUUGACCUCAGGGCCAAUGUCCCCUACCACCGAUCGAGUCUUCCCAAUCCGUUCCGUCGUGUCAGUCGACCCCAUGCCCACGCCAAAAUCAUCGAAUCAAUCCCCCGGCGACUAUUUCCACCCGUGGAGUCGCAUCAACGAUAGCCGUUUCCCAGACGCACGCCGCCAGUCCCAGGGCUCGACGACUUCGCAGUCCUCUCAGGCUUCCCAGCGCAAUCGUCUUCACAAGCAGUCCAAUGCAGCCACUCCCGUGGCAGAACAACCCCCAGCUACACGCACCCCAGUGCGGUCCUCCACAGGCUCUGACACGUCCAAGAGCACUAAGAAAGCUCCUCCACAUUUGUCCGCCCAACUCUUCAACGACACAGCAUCCAAUAGGUCGACCGAGGAAAACAGCCGCUCGCCGUCGCUUAUGCCUGACAUGCCGCGGUCUCCAGGUGGAGCAUCCAUAGCGAGCAGUCUGGGCGACGUUGGUCUAAUCACACAUCGCUUCAAGCAUGUAACCACCGAAGGCGGCCACAUGAUCAUCACCGGACGAGAUGGCGACAUAUUACAGCGAUGCGAAGACGAGCCGAUACACAUCCCAGGCGCAAUACAGGGCUUCGGACUCAUUAUUGCAUUAGCAGAAGAUUUGAGUGACAAUGGCAAUCUGAUUGUCAGAGUUGUGAGCGAAAACUCGAAGCGUGUCAUUGGUCGCACGCCCAAGGAGCUGUUUGCCCUGGAAAGCUUCACCGAUAUCCUCUCCGAAGAGCAAGCCGACAAUCUUCUGGACCACAUUGACUUCAUUAAAGAUGAGGAUUCUGAUGUCAUGACAAACGGGCCAGAAGUCUUUACAAUAGGCAUCAAAGUUCCGGGCAUUUCGAGGACUCGAAAACUUUGGUGCGCUAUCCACGUUCCUGCAGCAAAUCCUGGCCUCAUCAUUUGCGAAUUUGAACUCGAGGACGAUCCGCAAUUUCCAUUGGUGCCCUCCAACGAGAUGACACCAGAGCUCCCCGAAGACACGCUAAGCAGCAAUCCGACUGAGCAAGAACUAUUGGAAAGCACAGAAAUCAAAAGCAAACCGCUGAGAGUGUUGCGCAGUGCGCGCAAACGUAAGGGCGAGGCUGCAGCCAUGGAGGUCUUUAACAUCAUGUCACAGGUCCAGGAACAACUUGCCGCAGCGCCCAGUCUGGAUAGAUUCCUCAAGGUUUUAGUUGGUGUUGUCAAAGAGCUGACGGGUUUUCAUCGAGUCAUGAUUUACCAAUUCGAUCAAGCAUUCAAUGGCAGAGUAGUCACCGAGCUCGUGGAUCCUCGAGCUACCAAGGACCUGUUCAAGGGACUGAACUUCCCUGCGUCAGACAUUCCGAAACAGGCUCGAGAUUUAUACAAGCUCAACAAAGUGCGCAUGCUUUACGAUCGUGACCAGGAAACAGCCCGCCUCGUUUGCCGCACUAUCGAAGAUCUCGAGACUCCUCUCGAUUUGACUCAUUCUUAUCUUCGCGCCAUGUCGCCCAUACAUAUCAAGUACCUUGCGAAUAUGGCUGUCAGAUCCUCCAUGUCAAUAUCAAUCAACGCCUUCAACGAGCUUUGGGGUCUAAUUGCUUGUCAUACGUAUGGGCCCCGCGGCAUGCGAGUGUCAUUUCCAAUUAGAAAGAUGUGUCGCAUGGUGGGUGACGCGGCAUCGAGGAAUAUCGAGCGGCUCUCAUAUGCCUCUCGCCUACAAGCCAGGAAGCUCAUCAACACAGUUCCCACCCAACACAAUCCGUCUGGAUACAUUAUUGCGUCUUCUGACGAUCUUUUGAAACUGUUCGAUGCAGAUUUCGGCCUCUUGUCCAUUAGAGACGAAACGAAAAUAUUGGGGCAGCUGGAAAACUCACAAGAAGCACUGGCUAUGCUGGAGUACCUGAGGAUGAGGAAGAUUCAAUCUGUCAUGACAUCAAUGGACAUAUCACAGGACUUCCCAGAUUUACGUUACCCUCCCGGCUUCCACGUCGUCGCAGGAACGCUCAUCGUGCCAUUGUCUGCCAGCGGUACUGAUUUUAUCGUGUUCUUCCGGAAGGGCCAACUGAAGGAGGUCAAGUGGGCUGGCAAUCCCUACGAAAAGUUCGUCAAGGAAGGAACAGAAGGCUACUUGGAACCGCGGAAAAGCUUCAAGACCUGGUCAGAGACAGUGGUCGGGAAGUGUCGAGAGUGGACAGAAGAGGAGGUCGAGACCGCCUCAGUCCUGUGCCUGGUGUAUGGGAAAUUCAUCGAGGUCUGGAGGCAAAAGGAAGCGGCGUUGCAGAGCAGUCAGCUGACCCGCCUUUUGCUCGCAAACUCCGCGCACGAAGUACGCACGCCUUUGAAUGCUAUCAUCAACUAUCUCGAGAUCGCACUCGAAGGUUCACUUGAUACCGAAACCCGGGAAAACCUCGCCAGGUCUCACUCGGCAUCUAAAUCGCUGAUAUAUGUCAUCAAUGACCUGCUCGAUCUGACCAAGACCGAAGAAGGUGGCUCCCUUAUCAAGGGUGAAAGUUUUGAUCUGAGUUCGACCAUUGCAGAGGCUACGGAUAUGUUCCGCAAUGAUGCCAAAAGGAAAGGUAUUGGCUACGAGGUUGUCGAACAUCCAGGCUUGCCCAAAGUGUGUAUUGGUGAUCAGCGUCGUGUGCGACAGGCCAUAUCGAACAUCACUGCAAAUGCUAUUCAGCACACUACGCAGGGCAGCGUCAAGGUUGAGGUAUAUGUGGCUGCCAGGCCAAGUAAAGAGCACGUCGAUGUGGAAGUUGCUGUUUCUGAUACGGGCGUGGGAAUGAACACGAAGAAGCUUGAUCAGUUGUUUUACGACUUGGAACAAGUCCAAUCGGAGCCAGCUUCUAUGCUGGAAGAAGCCCUGGUUCCAGACCCAAAGAAGAUCACAGAAAAGGACGAUAAGACCGCCCUGGGCCUCGGUCUCGCUCUAGUUGCGCGUAUCAUCAAGAACAUGGAUGGGCAGCUGAGAAUUCGAUCCGAGGAGGGCAGAGGCACCCGCUUCGUCAUACAGUUCCCCUUUGACCUGCCUGAUACCGAAAAUGGUGACGAGGAAAACACUGAAAGCCCCGACGAAUCCAUUACGCCGGAUGCUAAUACUCCGCGCCUGGGUCCUUCGGAAGGCGAACGUGACCGCAGCCCAAAUUCACACUCACUUAGGCCGCCUCUCACGAAACGCAACAGUCUGGACCCUGGCGAAUCUCCUCGGUUUCGAUCCAAGAGUCUCGAGCACCUGGAGGGACGAGUUGUGCCCCCACAGCACAGGAGUAUGGACACUAGAAUCGCUGGCGAGGAACGAAUUUCCUUCACUGGCCAACCAUUGAGAGCUGUCAGAAUGCCAGAUGAUGGCGGUUCUCCUUUGGAAAAGACAAAACCAGGAUCUAUACUGGGAGAGGUGCAAAGUGAGCCCAAAGAGAUGGAACCGGCCCCCAAAAAGCUCACAGCAGAGCAUAUGCGCGUACUCGUUGCCGAAGAUGACCCUGUGAACAGUAGAAUCGUCAAGAAGCGACUCGAAAAGCUAGGACACGAGGUCUACCUCACGGUCAAUGGUGAAGAAUGUGCAUCUGCAUUUGGUGACAAGCCUCGAGACUUUGAUGUUGUCUUGAUGGACAUGCAGAUGCCAAUCGUGGAUGGUCUCACUUCCACCAAGAUGAUCCGAUCGUAUGAAAAGACGCAUACCGACAUAUACUCUCGGCGUGCAGCGCUUUGCGGCCGUGUGCCUAUUAUUGCGGUUUCGGCAUCGCUGAUCGAGAGAGACCGGCAGCAAUAUAUUGAUGCCGGAUUUGAUGCUUGGAUCUUGAAACCCAUCCCAUUUGACCGACUUAAUAAGCUCAUGGGCGCUAUUGUCGACGUCAAAUCUAGAGAAGAAUGCCUCUACAAGCCAGGCCAGUGGGAACGGGGAGGAUGGUUUCACACGGGGCAGAAAAGCUCUGAAGAGGCCAGCACGAAACCUUCCAGUCAAGCACCUGUAUCCGAAAUUUCAUCAAAGGCGAAAGAAGCUGCGCCAUCUGAAGAUGUGAUCGCCAAUCAAGAUGGCAGCCCUGACAAGAUAGACGAGGAGCACGAAAGGCUACUUCAGAACCAAGCGGAGGGCAAGAUCGAGCCGCCAAAGGACGAUGAUGCUCCACCAAAUGACGAAAGUGGGGCACCGCCCAAGGAUGAGAGUGAAGAAGAACCUGCACAAGAACCUGCAGAAGAAACAUCAAAGGACGAACCUGAAGAAGAAGCACCUGCUUGA